CCAAGCCCGGGUGAAAAAGGAGGAGGGUUGGGCAUCAGGCUAGCAUCCUGAUCCCGUAAAAUUUAUCUUGCUACGGAAACAACAAGCAAAAAUCAGCGGUCUAAACAAUACCGGCGCGAUGACCCUGUUUCUCCCUCGAUGACGGUGCUGGAGCAAAGCCGAAAGGUCGUCCAGCGCCCGAUGCAAAACGGGAUACUCAAUGCCAAUACGAUCACACGAAUUGGAACCUGGAACGUGCGAACGUUGUACCAGUGUGGGAGACUGGAGCAGCUUCUGCACGAAUUCGACAAUUACCGGCUUGACAUUCUUGGUGUCAGCGAAAUGAGGUGGACGGGUAAUGGAAAAAUGACAAGCGACGGGAAGAUCGUCCUGUAUUCGGGAGCCAAAGAACAUCAUGUGCACGGCGUCGGGAUGGUCCUGAGUAAAACCACGGCACAGGCACUCGUUGGAUGGAAACCGAUCAGUGAUCGCAUCCUUACCGCCCGAUUUCAGUCUCGCCAUGCUAAAAUUACUGUUAUUCAGGUCUAUGCACCGACAAAUGAGGCAGAUGAUGAAGAGAAGCACGCCUUCUACGACCAGCUGCAAAACACAAUCGCAGUUGUCCCCAACCAUGACAUAAAGAUCGUCCUUGGCGACAUGAAUGCGCAACUCAGCAGCGACCGUCAGGGCUGGGAAAACGUGAUCGGACCUCAUGGAUCGGCAGCAGUAACGAAUGAUAAUGGAGAGCGUCUCCUAUCCCUAUGCAAUCUUAACAACCUUUGCAUCGGGAAUACAUAUUUCAUUCACAAACGGAUUCACAAAAAGACGUGGCGGUCACCAGAUGGGGCCACUCACAAUGAAAUCGACUAUGUAUGCAUCCAUCGACGGUGGCGCUCGGCUUUACGUGACGUACGGGUUUUUCGCGGCGCCGACGUCGGAUCUGAUCACCACUUGCUUGUGACCUCAAUCCGACUAAAAUUGAAAAGAGUGGCCGGACACAACACCGUUCGGUCAUUUGCCUUAAAGGACCGCGUGAACGCCGAGCACUUCCACAUUGAACUCGCUAACCGAUUCCAGAUUCUUGACAACUCGGCCAGCAUCGAAGAACAAUGGGCACAGAUCAAGGAUGCUGCCAUUGAGACGGCAGAGAGAACGAUUGGUCGACGGCGUGGAACGCAGCGAGAACGGUGGAUUCAGGACCGGACAUGGUCGUUGCUCGAUGAAAGACGGGUCAAGAAACGUCAGCGCGAUCAAGCAAAGACCGAAGAGGAGCGAAAUGAAGCAUUGCAGGCGUACCGAGAACUCGACCACAGGGUCAAGAGGAGUUGCCGAGCAGACAAGAAGGACUGGCUGGACCGGAAGGGCACUGAAGCACAAGUGGCUGCGGACCAGGGUGACAGCAGGACUCUGUUUCGUGUGGUUAGAGACCUCACUCGGGCCCGAAGCGGUUCCACUGGGCCGAUAAGGGAUACAACCGGCAGGAUGCUAGUUAGCAAAUAAGAGCAGGACGCGCGUUGGGUGGAACAUUUCAAAAACACCCUAAACCAGCCGGCUCCCGUAGCCACGCACGACUUUACAGUCUUUCCUCCUCCCUAUGAGCUGGAAGUGGACAUGAGCGACAUCAUGGAUGCUGAGGUCACUGCAGCGAUUUGUCAUCUGAAAAACAACAAAGCACCUGGUCUUGACCAAAUCUCGGCAGAAAUGCUGAAAGCGGCUGGUGAUGAAGUUGUACGGGUGCUCACUACGCUGCUCAAUGACUGCUGGCACAUGGAACGUGUCCCAAAUGACUGGAGACAGGGUGUCAUCGUCAAAUUACCUAAGAAAGGUAAUCUCGCAGACUGUAACAAUUGGAGAGGCAUCACCCUUCUGUCUGUCCCAGGCAAGGUUUUUUGUCUCGUCCUCCUCAAACGGAUACUGCGAGCAGUCGAUCAGGCUCUACGGCACGAACAGGCUGGGUUUAGAGGUGGUCAGUCGUGCACUGAACAAAUCUUUGCUCUUCGAAACAUCAUUGAACAAAGCUCCGAAUAUCAGAAACCGCUCUUGGUCAACUUUAUAGAUUUUAAGAAGGCGUUUGACAGUGUCCACCGGAAAUCGCUUUGGAACAUCGCACGGCUAUAUGGCAUUCCACAGCGGUUUAUCGCCAUUUUCCAGAACUUAUAUCAGGAUUCUAGCUGUUGCAUCCGGACGGACACAGGUCAUACUGCCUUUUUCACCAUCGAGACCGGAGUUAGACAGGGCUGCAUUCUUUCACCAUUCUUUUUCCUCAUGAUGAUGGACUUCGUCAUGCGACGAGCACUAACACAGCCAGCGUCUGGAAUUCCGUGGACAGGCCAGGGACGCCUGACCGACCUGGAAUUCGCCGACGAUAUUGUGCUAUUGGCGCAGAAUGGGAAAGUUUUACAGGAGAUGACCACUAGCCUGGAGCACGAAGCAGCCAAAGUUGGGUUAUGGAUCAGCACUGACAAGACCAACGUCAUGGCGGUCGGCCGGAUGACGCCGGUGCGGAUCACGGUGAGCAAUCAGCUGAUCGAAGAAGUCAAACAGUUUACCUACCUUGGCAGCAUUGUGGCUGCGGAUGGUGGGACUAACGCGGAUGUCAAUCGCAGAAUCGGCAGAGCAUUUGCAGUCUUCCAACAGCUACAGCCGAUUUGGGCUAGGCGAACUAUCCACACCAACAACAAACUUCGCCUGUUUAAUAGCAUCAUCAUCCCAACCGCCAUCUAUGCAUCUGAAACUUGGACGAGCUCGAGGGCAGUCAUCCACAAGCUGAAUGUGUUUCAGCAAUGAUGCCUCAGAAGAAUACUCAGUGUAUCAUACCGUGAUCGUAUUUCAAAUGAAGAAAUUCUAAGAAGAACAAACUCCCGCAGCCUGGCAGAAAUGGUCGUAGAGCGAAGAAUGCGCUUUGCAGGACACAUUCUACGGAUGUCUGACCACCGCCACGCAAAGAUCGCGCUGCGCUGGACGCCGCCACGGGGGAAGAGAAGAGUAGGGCGGCCGCAUAAUACAUGGCGACGAACAUUCAUGGAAGAUCUACGAACGCUCGACGUCAAGUGGGAAGAUGUGGAAAUCGACGCUGCCGACUGAGCCCGCUGGCGAAUGCUUGUUGCCCGAUGCGCCUCGCUGCGCGGACGGAACUAACUUUUAUACCUUCUAAUCAAUCAGAUUUGAGAAUUCAGCAGUGUUGUAAUACCAUUCAUAACACAGUUAUUAAUAAUCUUAACUCUUUUUAUGACUGCACACAACAAACCUAGCCUUACAUUUCUUAAAUAGCCUUAUAUUCCUUAAAUAAUAUGUGUUCAGUUUUUUAAUCUUUAGACACCUUAAUAAGUCAUUCAAGUAAAUUAACUAGACCAUGUCAGAAGGGAUCCAAACAUUUAGGCUAGUUAAUAAAACUGCUGGCUCAGGCUCAAUUGAUGUAACUUGUAUGUCAUGUUUUCAAUAAGAAAGCAUCAUUAAAAUAACAUGAUAAACUGUGAAAUGGAGUG